GAGACGGAAAACAACUAACAAACGGUUGAAUUAGACACACACUAACUGAGAGCUACAUUUGCUCUAACCAUUAUAUAUAUUUUGUGUGUCCAGUUUUCGAAGCAAAGUCUAUCUUCUCUACCGGUUUAAUCGGGGAUUCGCUUCAGAUCUACUUCUCUUCAAUGAUUGAUUGAUUAGUUAGGGUUUUUCAAUCUUUGUCAUUGAAAAUCCUUAGUUUUCACUCUUUAUAUAUUUAUGUUUUUUUUUCUCUCAAUCAAUUCUACUACUACUCCACAAGUACCGUAUACAGGCAAAAAACAUGGUGGUUGUGACGCCGGGGCAGGUUUCAUUUUUGUUGGGCAUUGCACCGGUGUUCAUUGCAUGGAUAUACUCUGAGUUCUUGGUACACAAGAAAUCUUCAACUCCUACAAAAGUCCAUUCAGAUACGAAUUUGGUUGAAUUGGGAGAUGCAUCAGCAAUCAAGGAAGAUGAUAGAGCUAUAUUGCUGGAAGGAGGCCUUCCAAGAUCGGCCUCUGCUAGGUUUCAGAGUUCAACAAUUACAGCAAACCUAAUCAGGUUCCUAAAGAUGGAAGAUUCGUUCUUACUAGAAAAUCGACCAACUCUGAGAGCCAUGUCCGAACUUGGUGCUGUUCUGAUUUAUUACUACAUAUGUGAUCGUACCGAUACAUUUGCAGAAUCCAAGAAGGCAUACAAUCGCGAUCUUUUCCUCUUUCUAUACAUACUUCUCAUUAUAGUUUCAUCAAUGACUUCUCUCAAGAAGCACCAUGAUAAGUCAGCAUUCUCUGGUAAAGCUGUGCUUUAUCUUAAUCGGCAUCAAACUGAGGAGUGGAAAGGAUGGAUGCAGGUCCUAUUUUUGAUGUACCACUACUUCGCGGCAACGGAGAUCUAUAAUGCGAUCCGUGUUUUCAUUGCCGCAUAUGUCUGGAUGACUGGAUUUGGGAAUUUCUCCUAUUACUACAUUCGAAAGGAUUUUAGUCUUGGACGAUUUGCUCAGAUGAUGUGGCGGCUUAAUUUCUUUGUGGCAUUCUGCUGCAUUGUUCUUAAUAAUGACUACGUUCUGUACUAUAUCUGUCCGAUGCACACACUUUACACUCUCAUGGUGUAUGGAUCACUUGGUAUUUUUUACAAAUAUAAUGAGGUUGGAUCCGUGAUGGCUGUGAAGAUUGUAUCAUGCUUUUUGGUAGUUAUCUUGGUUUGGGAAAUUCCUGGUGUUUUCGACCUUUUGUGGAGUCCUUUUAUAUUCCUCAUAGGGUACAAGGAUGCAGACCCAGCAAAAGCAAAUCUCCCGCUAUUGCAUGAGUGGCAUUUCAGAUCAGGUCUCGAUCGUUAUAUCUGGAUCAUUGGAAUGAUAUAUGCAUAUUAUCACCCAAAGGUUGAGAAGUGGAUGGAAAAACUAGAGGAAUCUGCUACGAAACGUAGGUUGUCCAUUAAAACAACCAUCGUGGCAAUUUCCAUAUUUGUUGGUUAUUUGUGGUACGAGUAUAUUUACAAGCUGGAUAAGGUUUCAUAUAAUAAGCUCCACCCCUAUACAUCUUGGAUCCCUAUUACUGUUUACAUUUGCUUGCGUAACUUUACUCAGCAUCUACGAAAUUUCUCUCUAACCCUCUUCGCGUGGCUUGGCAAGAUUACGUUGGAAACCUACAUCUCCCAGUUCCAUAUCUGGCUGAGAUCAGAUGUUCCCAACGGACAGCCCAAGUGGCUCCUUUCGAUCAUUCCAGAUUACCCGUUACUUAAUUUUAUGCUCACAACUGCCAUCUAUGUCUUAUUAUCAUACCGCCUCUUUGAGCUGACUAAUACACUAAAGACAGUGUUCAUACCAACAAAAGACAACCGGCGGCUGUUGUAUAAUGUUAUAGCUGGUGCUGCUAUUUCAGUUUGUUUGUAUUUCAUCUCAUUGAUUCUUCUUCAGAUCCCGUUAACCCCGGCAUGAUUAGAUGAGAACCGAUAAUUGGUCAUUUUAAGUGUUCAAGGGAGACGGAAAAUUCACAUCCAGAUAAUAAUAAGAAGGUACUGAAAGCACAGAGAAUUCUACAAGCUUAGGAACUUUAACUACUUAUCCAACACUUCUGGUAGAAAUUGCAACAUCAAGUUGAAUUGUUACAAUAUCAAAUUGAGUUUGCAAGCAGGUGGAUAUAAAAAAACAAGGUUAAAAAUGGCGGUUAGCAAGUACAGAAGAAACAAGGAAGCAGGCGUACAGAAAAGCUUGUAUGUUGUUGUAAUUUUUUGUUUGGUUUGCAUGCCAACUUUUUUAUUUCCUUCAAUUCAGAUCACCUGUUUUUAAGUGGUGUGAUUCAGAAAAUAGUUACUGUCAAUUAGGCGUCACAGAAAUGUUUUGAUAGAGGAAAAAAACAAAAGAAAUCACCGGAGGAUCUGGAUUAUUGUUAUUAAAUGAAAUUUCUGAAACUUUUUGCUAAA